AAGUUUGCGGCCGAGCUGCUGUGUUUAUCCGACUCAUCUGCCAGACCGUCAAGCUUAAAACGCUGUCUCGUGACCACGUAGUGACCCGCUGUUGCUCCAGAGCUGUCAUGUGACCAUGUUGUGGUCUGCUAGUGACUGCCUGCCUUCUGUGCGACUUUCAGAUGCAGUGCGUUGCCGUGCAGGAAAAUUACAUCUAGUGGACACAAACCUUAAGGCUUCAGUUUUAGGAUUGUAUCACCACAAAGGCAGAGACAACAAUGAAAUGUCAGCUCUAAAGUAUCACUUCCCCUCUGAGUUUCUGCACACUGACCUCUGCAGGAAUGAUGAGGAUAUUUCCAGGGAGCUGAUUGGACAGGGGAGGAGCUUUAAUAUGUGUUGAUCUGUUGUCUUGAACAUCACCACCUACAGAGCAGCUCAGCUGCUGCUGAUCACAGCUGACGGAGAAGGAAGGAACCUUCACUCAGAGACUUCUCGCUGCAGUGAGAAAAAAUUUUAGCAGCAGAACCUUCUGACAAAUUCAACACAAGAUUACCAUAGAAGAAGAAAACAGGUGAGGAAAACAGCAGGAGGAAACAAGCGGUAGAAGAAGACGAGAAAGGUAGAAGAAGAGGUGUUAAAAUGGAAGCUCUGUGCAAUAACAGUGGUCUGGAUCCUUUGUGGGACUGGAACAUCACCUGGUACACUUCUACACCGGACCUCACAAAGUGUUUCCAGCACACUGUUCUUGUGUGGUUCCCCUGUGUUUACCUGUGGACCUGUUCUCCUCUCUACCUAGUCUACCUUCAGCUCCGCCCCCAAAAAGGCAUCAUCCCACUGUCCAAACUCUGCUGCAGCAAAACACUCCUGGGUCUCAGUCUGGCCUCCUUUGGUCUUCUAGAGAUGUUCUACUUUCUAGUGAAGAACGAGGAAGUCCAAAACCACCUGCUCAUCCUGCUGGGUCCACUGAUCCGGAGCCUCACUAUGGUUCUGGCUGUGGUUCUGAUCCAGAUGGAGAGGAUAAAGGGGACACGGUCGUCUGUCCUCCUCUUCCUCUUCUGGAUGUUCCUGGUUCUUUGCUCCAUGGUUCCUCUGAAGGUCACCAUCGAGCAGAUUAUUGAUCAGGGACUUUCAUCUGAUGCUCUUCGUUUUGUGGCAUUCUUCAUCUGUUUUUCCCUCCAACUCAUUGAACUGGUCCUCAGCUGCUUCUCUGAUUGCCGACCGCUGUCUGACAAACACGCCAACAUCCAGAAUCAGUGUCCAGAAGAAGAUGCCCCAUUUCUCUCCAAGUUUUUCUUCUUCUGGUUCAGCAGUUUGGUGGUUCGAGGUUACCGGCGACCCCUGCAGGCUGCAGAUCUUUGGACUUUGCGGGACCAGGACUCCUCAGUGUACAUAAUGACAGAACUGGACAAGUUCUGGAGUCAGAGCUGCAAACAGCUGCAAUCCUGGUCCUGGUCCCGGUCCCGGUCCCAGAGCCGUAGUUCUGCCGUGCCGACAGAAAAAACCCAGCUGCUGAAGAAGAACCAGGAAGGACGAGGCUGCUGCCUCAUCCUGCUGCGAGCUCUGGGGCGGAGCUUUGGACUGUACUUCCUGGUGGGGAUACUGUGUCUUCUGGCUCAUGAUGCCAUCAUGUUCGCCGUGCCGCAGGUGCUCAGCGUGCUGCUUGGCUUCAUGCGGGACAAAGACGCUGAGAUGUGGAAAGGUCUUCUGUUCGCCUCGCUGCUCUUCAUCCUGUCCUGUCUUCAGUCUGUCCUCCAUCACCAGUUCAUGUUCCACUGCUUCACUGUGGGAAUGAGGCUGAAGACUGCAGUCAUGGGCCUGGUCUACAGAAAGAGUCUGCUGAUGAGCAGCGCAGCACGGCAGCAAGGCACCCUGGGAGAAAUCAUCAACCUGAUCUCAGCCGACACUCAGAAGCUCAUGGACUUUGUGGUUUAUUUCAACAGCGUCUGGAUCGCUCCCAUCGAGAUUGCUCUCUGCUUCUAUUUUCUGUGGCAGCUCCUCGGCCUGCCUGCUCUUGCUGGUAUCACUGCCGUUGUUCUGAUUUUCCCUCUGAAUGGGAUCAUCGCUAAAAUAAGAAGCAAACUGCAGGAGGUUCAGAUGAAGUUCACUGACAGUCGGAUUAAACUGAUGAAUGAGAUCUUGGGUGGAGUGAAGAUCCUGAAGUUUUAUUCCUGGGAAGAAGCUUUCCUGCCUCGAGUCAAUGUCCUGAGAGACGGAGAACUCAGCGCCCUGAAGACUUCUCAGAUCCUUUACUCUGUUUCUCUGGCUUCUUUCAACUCCUCCUCCUUCCUGAUUGCCCUGAUAGUGUUUGGAGUCUACGUGUUGAUCGAUGAGCAGAACGUUCUGGACGCUCAGAAGAUCUUUGUUUCUGUUGCUCUGAUCAACAUCCUGAAGACGCCUCUGAGUCAGCUUCCCUUCGCCAUGAGCACCACCAUGCAGGCCGUCGUUUCGGUCAGACGUCUUGGAAAUUUCCUGAGUCAAGAUGAACUGAAGCCUGACAACGUAGAGAGACUUCCUCACAGCCCAGAUGGAGACGCUGUUCUGGUCCAGGACGGGUUCUUCUCCUGGUCCACCAGUGGACCACCGUACCUUCAGAGGAUCAACAUGAUGGUGGAGGCGGGGUCUCUGGUGGCUGUGGUCGGCCAUGUUGGCUCUGGGAAGUCAUCUCUGCUGGCGGCCAUGUUGGGGGAGAUGGAGAGGAGGCGUGGCUUCGUGUCAAUUAAGGGCUCAGUGUCGUACGUCCCUCAGCAGGCCUGGAUCCAGAAUGCCUCUCUGAAGGACAAUAUUUUAUUUGGUGGACAGAGGAUGGAGAGCUGGUACCACCGAGUGCUGGACGCCUGUGCUCUGCUGCCAGAUCUGGACAUCCUGCCCGCCAGAGAUGACACCGAGAUCGGAGAGAAGGGGAUGAACCUGUCCGGGGGUCAGAGGCAGAGGGUGAGUCUGGCCCGAGCCACCUACAGGAGGUCAGAUGUUUACCUGCUCGACGACCCGCUGUCGGCGGUCGACGCUCAGGUGGGACAGCACAUAUUUGACCGAGUCAUUGGACCUGGAGGACUCCUCAAAGGCAAAACUCGGGUUCUGGUGACUCACGGCCUCAGCUUCCUCUCUAAAGCAGACCUGGUCCUAGUGAUGGAGGAUGGCCACAUCUCAGAGAUGGGUUCCUACAUGGAGCUGAUGGACAGAAAGGGAGCCUUUGCUAAACUAAUCCACACCUUCAGUGGAACCCAGCGCAGAGAGAGUUCCACCCUCAAAGACAAGAGCAGCAGAAAGUCAGUUUCUCGCCUCAGUGUGACAGAUUUUUCCAUUGAUCUUUCUCAGGAGCAGCUGAUCAGCCAUGAUUUGAGCAGUGCCAGUGUUAAAGUGAUGGGGCUUGUGGAUCAGGAUUCAGUCGCUGAGAAUGCUGGGAAACUUACAGAAGCUGACAAGGUCCAUACAGGCAGAGUGAAGCUGCAGAUGUACAGAGAGUACUUCAGGACAGUUGGCCUGACCUUCAUCAUGACCAUCGUCUUCCUCUGUGCCUUCCAGCAGGCCGCCUCAUUGGCCUACAACUAUUGGCUGAGCCUGUGGGCCGAUGAGCCGCCUGUCAACGGCACACAGAGCGACCACCAGCUGAAACUGAGUGUGUUUGCAGCACUGGGAUUCACACAGGGGUUGGCCAUGUUUGGUACGACUCUCGCCAUUGCUCUGGGAGGGAUCGUAGCAUCGCGUCACCUUCACACCGAUCUUCUGUACAGUGUCCUGCACUCGCCCAUGUCCUUCUUCGAAGUGACACCCAGCGGUAACCUUCUGAACCGUUUCUCUAAAGAGAUUGAUGCCAUCGACUGCAUGAUCCCUGAAGGCCUGAAGAUGAUGCUGGGCUACUUGUUCAAGCUGCUUGAGGUCUGCAUCAUUGUGUUGUUGGCCACACCCUUCACAGGGCUGGUGCUCCUCCCCCUCACUGGUGUCUAUGUCUGCAUACAGAGUUUCUAUGUUGCGUCAUCGUGUCAGCUGCGACGUCUGGAGGCAGUGAGUCGCUCACCGAUCUACAGUCACUUCAACGAGACGGUGCAGGGCGUCGGCACAAUCCGAGCAUUCGGUGAACAGCGACGCUUCAUCCUGCAGGCUGACCGGCACAUUGACAACAACCAGGAAGCUUAUUUCCCUCGCUUUGUUGCUACCAGAUGGCUGGCAGUGAAUCUGGAGUUUUUGGGGAAUCUGCUGGUUUUGGCUGCAGCCAUCCUGUCGGUGCGAGGUCGGCAUGAACUCAGCCCGGGCAUCGUGGGACUGGCAGUGACACACUCUCUCCAGGUGACAGGAAUCCUGAGCUGGAUUGUUCGUUCAUGGACUGAUGUGGAGAACAACAUAGUGUCAGUGGAGAGAGUUAAAGAAUACGAGAACACAACCAAAGAGGCUGCAUGGACGCUGGAGGGUUGUUCUCUACCGGCAGCCUGGCCGAGCACAGGGACCCUCCAGUUUGAAAACUUUGGACUGCGGUACCGUAAAGGUCUGGACUGGGCUUUAAAGGACAUCUCCCUCAGCAUCCAGGACAGAGAAAAGGUGGGGAUUGUUGGAAGAACAGGAGCUGGAAAGUCAUCUCUAGCUUUGGGAAUCUUCAGGAUUCUGGAGGCAGCAAGUGGACGGAUCUUAAUCGAUGGGAUCAACAUCACUCAGAUCGGCCUUCAUGAUCUCAGAUCCAGAAUCACCAUCAUUCCUCAGGACCCAGUGCUGUUUUCUGGCUCUGUCAGGAUGAAUUUGGACCCCUUCGAAACUUGUUCAGAUGAAGAUGUGUGGAAGGCUCUGGAACUGGCUCACCUCAGCAGCUUUGUGUCGGCUCUGCCACACAAACUGAAUCAUCAGUGCUGUGAAGGAGGCGAGAACCUCAGUCUUGGUCAGCGGCAGCUGCUGUGCUUGGCCAGAGCUCUGCUGAGGAAGACCAGGAUCCUGGUUCUGGAUGAAGCCACAGCAGCUGUGGACCUGAAAACAGACCAGCUGAUCCAGUCCACCAUUCGUACUCAGUUUAAUGACUGUACCAUCCUCACCAUCGCUCACCGCCUCAGCACCAUCAUGGACUACACCAGGGUCAUUGUCAUGGACCGGGGCUCCAUUGUGGAGAUGGAUUCUCCUUCUCAACUCCUCCACCUACAGGGACAUUUCUAUCAGAUGUGUCUUGAGGCUGGUUUGAUCUGACAGUUUUAAAAACGAACUGGAAUGAUGGUGGGCUGAUGUAAAAACCAUGUAGACAUUAAUACAUAAUAAAUGCAUUUUUGUUUGAUGGACUGUGAGAUAAAACCAACCAGUCGGUGAGACCAGGAUCUUUUUUCAAUAUACAAAAGUCUAAAUCAGUAGAGAAGUUCGUCCAGAUCUGUGUGUAAAGUUUAUUCAUAUUUAGUGCACAUAUGUUGAGUCUGACCAGGAGUAGUAAAGGAGUCAUCAGUACUUUAUUCACCUGAAAUACACAAAUUAAAUAAUAAUCAUUAAAGUACAGCAGACACCGUCUUAGCCAUGGCAUUUAAACCACCUGUCUAAUGUUGGAUCACAUUGUUGAGGCCUGGACUCCAAAUCUGAAGGUGUCCUAUGGUCCUCUCUGGUUGGUGGAGGACCCCACAGCCCUCUGAAGGUGUCCUAUGGUUCCCAGUGAUCGAUGACAUUAGUACAUGGUGUGAUCAAACAGGACUGUGUGGCGUCUGUGAUAUGUUCCAUUCACCGGUGCUCUACGUCAGCAGUAGCAGACCAGGUGAGGUGUCUGUUUUCAGGUGUUUCUUUGGUUACUAUGGUUACCGCGCAGAGACCAAACAGCAGUACAACCUUGGAAGAGACCAGAGAAGGAGUUCAGGAGCUGCUGCUCUUCAACCUCCACCUGGUGGUUUCCUUCAGUUCAUCCCCAGAUUAUCAACACAAGUUCUACUGUAAUGUUGUGAGAACAUUGAAACCAGCUGAACUGAGAUUCAUGUUGUUGCUCCCAGAUGAGAUCUCUGUGGAAACUGUAACACUGAAGGACAUUCAGAGAUGGUGAAACUUAAAACCAGUAAACCAGGGCUGGGAGGGUUACUGUGCUUUCAUGUUUCCAUCUGUUUGCUUAUCUCCUGCUCUUCUUCUCUGUCUUCCCAGGUUGAGAGAAACUCUUCUGUGCUGAUCUGACAGUAUUCAACAACAGUUAGUUCAGCCAGGGUUAGAAUUAUGGGUUAUGGGUUAGGGUUACCCCUAACCCAUAAUUCUGAACAACCGUAGCAUUUCUUUUGACCUGUGAACUCCUUGUGUACCCUUCAUUACCUGAAAUGACAAAAAUGUGUCUAGUUUUGAUCCAUUUUUCUGAUUUGUAAAAUCAAUCGGGCCUUUUCUGUAAUUUACGAUUCAUAAAAGAUGAAUUUAUUUGUUUUUAAUUUAAUUACUGAGUUCAAUUCAGUCUUAUUUAUGCAGCUCCAACUACAGUUCAGAUUGUCUCCAGACAUAUUACAGAACCCAUAUGGCGUGACCCCCGAGAGGUCAUGAGCAGAAGAGCUAGAAGGUUCUGGUUCUGGUUCUGGUUCUGCCAUCUUUCUGUGUGGAGUCUCCAUGUUCUCCCUGCUGGGUUCUCCAGGUUCUCCAGCUUCCUCCCACAGUCCAGAAACAUGCUGAGGUUAACUAGUGAUUCUCAGUUGUGUGUAGAUGUGUGUGUUUGUUUGUCAAAGCCAUUCAUUCAUAGUCUAUGUAUCCUAUUACAUUUAUAGUCUGUGUAUCCUAUUACAUUUAUAGUCUAUGUAUCCUAACAGAUACAUACUCAUGUAUAUGUCUACCUGUAUGUAACAGAGUACAGUACUGUCCACAGUAUUAUGUCUCCUGUUCUCAUUAUUGUCCACUUCACUCUGUUUUACGUCCUCCACAUGUUUUAAGGUUUAUAAACUGCCUGUUAGACUUCUUCACCUUCACCAGCAGUGGAGAUCGAACCACCAACCUUCCACUCCCCACUAAAUUAACUGCUCUUUAUUCCCUUCUUUCCUCUGUCAGGCUCUUUGAGAACAUCAUGUGCCAUCCUUUAUGCUCCAUAUACAAGUUCCUUUCUCAAAGAAUAUUUCAUAUUGCUAUGUGGAGUCAGGAUGAGGUAUAAUACACUCUAACAUUAUGGUAGUACCAUGACACUUAUAUUCAGGACACUACUAAUGUAAUAUAAGGUUUGGACCAGAAACAGUUUUGAUGUUUGUUGCAACAUUCGUACGUGAUGGAGGUCUAUUUUGGCCUUUUGCUGCUAACAGUUUUCAUACAGUGUUUGUCUUAAAUCUCUGUCUUGUAGCUUCAUUUUGUAUUUUAGCUGUGUGUUUUUAAUUUAUUUGGGUAGUUUAGACUUUAACAAUUGUUCUGAUAAUGUGUGUCCAAGUUACCUGUAUUGUGUCUCUAAAAUUAUUUAAAAAUAUGAAUUAUAUUUUCCCACA